UGGAUUGAAACAAUGUUUAUUGCAUAAUGCAUUAAUUCUUUUGGGAGUUGGAUUAUGGAUUGACUUUUUAUGUGUUCUUUUCUCAAACAAAUGAUCUGCAAACUGCUGAUUCUUUUCUUCGGCCUAGCGGAACUUGCUGAAUAAAUCAUAUCGUUUUUGAAGUUUGACUUUUUUGCUCACUGGAUUUGUGUUAGUCAUCAGUGACAAACCAUGAGUGGAAGCCUUGGAAGGCUAGCGAGCUCCAGUAGCCGCAAAAGCAGCAAACAGAGCGUAAUUAUUUCCUCUACUGCUUACUCUACUUUUGCUGGUGGAGGUGGUAGAGGCCGAGGUGGGGGCCGAGGCUCUGGUUCAGGUUCCUCUGGUCCUCCUGAACCUUCUCCAUUUGCUGCUCAAACCCCUGGUAAACCGGACACUAAUGGUGAAGCUGAUGAUGAUUUCUUUCCUUCCGGACUUGGUCAUGGCAGAGGUAAAGCCAUCCCUUCCACCCCAGUUCUUCCUUCAUUCUCUUCAUGGAUGUCUGCAGUAGGUCCUCCUGCUGGUCGUGGAAUUGUACGAACUACCCAACCACAAUCUGAUCCACGGCCGUCUGAGUCUGAAGGCUUUCAGCCCAAGAAACCCAUUUUUUUCAGCCGGCAAGAUACUCAGAAACCCCAAUCCAGUGAUUCGGUUCCAAAGCUGGAUGAGGACAUCCUUCCGUCAAGUCUUUUGUCAGGGUUACCUGGUGCUGGACGUGGAAAACCACCUAAACCAUCACCGAACCCUAAUGAGAGGACUGGUACUGAAGAAAACCGACACAUUCGAUCAAGAAGAGGAGGUGCUGUCAGCGUGCACGAUAGGACUUCUCCAAGCCCGCCAAGGUUGAGCAGGGAAGAGGCAGUUAAAAAGGCAGUUGGAAUUUUGUCUCGAGGUAGAGGAGAUGGGAUGGCGGAAGGUGGGAGGGGCAGAGGGUUAAGAGGACGUGGUGGUCGGGGACGAGGAGGAAGGGGAGUGCAAGGCUGGAGGGGAAGAGGUGGAAGAAGUAGUGGUCGUUUCCGUGAUGCAGAGGAGGACUAUGCUACUGGUCUUUUCUUAGGUGACAAUGCUGAUGGAGAGAGGCUGGCUAAGAGACUAGGGCCAGAGAACAUGGAUAAAUUGGCCGAAUCAUUUGAACAGAUGAGUUAUGAUGUUCUCCCUUCACCAAUGGAUGAUGCUUAUCUGGACGCUCUCCACACUAAUUAUUUGAUAGAGUUUGAGCCAGAGUACCUGAUGGGGGAGUUUGAUACAAAUCCUGAUAUAGACGAAAAGUCUCCAAUUCCUCUUGGAGAUGCACUUGAAAAGGUGAAACCAUUCUUGAUGGCUUAUGAGGGAAUUCAAAGUCAAGAAGAGUGGGAGUGCAAAGAAAUGGAGAGAGAGAGAUGAUGGCGAUCAAUGGCA